AUGUCGGCAGGCGAACGGCAUAAAGAACUUAAUUUGGCGCAGCUAUUCUCGGACGUAUCACGAACGCUCAGUGGCUUCAGAAGAUUGUUAAUUCCGGUGCCGGAGGCAGCCAGAGCGACUGCACAAAAUGAUGCGUCUCCCUUAUCGGAUCUGGGGAGCAGUAUUUUUUCUGAUAAUGUAUGCAUUAAGCCAUGCGGUAUGGAAGAUAUCCAGAUAGCUGCACAGGUUCGUAGAAACAGACAAAGAUAUUUUAAAAAAAGUUCAAAAAGAAAUGAUAAUAAAGAAAUCUCGAAAUUAUUUUUUGGCUCAGGAACCUCAUAA